CUGUGUGUCCGGAAGCCUCUGCAGUCACUGAAGUUAGAGGAUUCGUGGGAGGACAAGUCACUAUCCACUGCUCUCAUGUACAAUCGGAAAACAACGUCAAAUACUUCUGCAAGAGGUCGUCCCUGGGGAAGGACAUCCUGGUUAAAACGAAGGGGAGCGAAAGUUACACACAGAGAGGGAGGAAGGAUACACAGCACAGCACAGUAUAGUAUAGUAUAGUAUAGUAUAGUAUAGUAUAGUAUAGUAUAUUAUAGUAUAGUAUAGCAUAGUAUAGUAUAGUAUAGCAUAGCAUAGCAUAGUAUAGUAUAGUAUAGUAUAGUAUAGUAUGGUCUAGUAUAGUAUAGUAUAUUAUAGUAUAGUAUAGUAUAGCAUAUCAUAGUAUAGUAUAGUAUAGUAUAGUAUAGUAUAGUAUAGUAUAGUAUAGUAUAGCAUAGUAUAGCAUAGCAUAGUAUAGUAUAGUAUAGUAUAGUAUAGUAUAGUAUAGCAUAGCAUAGCAUAGCAUAGCAUAGCAUAGCAUAGUAUAGUAUAUCAUAGCAUAGCAUAGCAUAGCAUAGCAUAGCAUAGCAUAGCAUAGCAUAGUAUAGUAUAUUAUAGUAUAGUAUAGUAUAGUAUAGUAUAGUAUAGUAUAGUAUAGUAUAGUUGAUUCUGAUGAAUGCUGAAACGUCAAGCUUAAAAUAGUUGUUUAAAUAAAAUAGUAUGUUUUUAAUGGUGAGCCUUUUGCCUUUCAAUGAUGAUGUAAAUUCUUUGGUUGCACCUCGACUCACGUUGGUUGAGCGCCCUCCACUUUUCCCCAGGUGCAGUAUAGACGACAGAGGAGAUGGAGACUUCACUGUGGUCAUCACUGGGCUGGUGGAGAGAGACUCUGGAACGUACUGGUGUGGAGUGGGAGGGACUGUCCCAGGCUCGUUCCAGGAAGUACAUCUUACUGUUAGCAAAGGUGAGUUGUCAACAGAAAAUCAUGUUUAUAUUAUACAACCUUU